UUUAAAUUGAAAAUUAUAGCCAAGUUGCAAUUAAUUAAGAUGACCACUAGUUUAUUGGGAGUCCAAUUUAUUGAAGAAAAGGGAGACAUCAAUAUCGCUAUAAUAAGCAGUAAUUGGCUAACACCAAAGAAAAAACACGGCUUUUGGCCUCCCUACAAAAAGCAGUAUCAAUAUGAACAAUCAUUAAAGAAAGGAGAAAUACCAACUGAUGAAUGGAUUUUUUAUGACAUUCAAAAAAUUUUAUUUACUGAAAAAGAUAACGAUUAUCAUAAAGCGAAGAAACAAUUACAAUACUGUGAAGAGAAUUCAGAUAUACCAUCUGAUUUUGAUACGGUAUUAAAGAGAUUCAAUACAGUUAGUACGUCACGGUCUAGAAAACGACCUAAUCGCUAUUGUGAACAAAGCGAUAAUAUAUCUAGUGAACAAAGCAAUAGUGAAGAUGAAGAAUCAGUAAAUGGUCAGCUCCGUGUCAAAAAGAAAUGUAACAGUAAUCGUUUACCAAGACCUCCAGCAAUCACAACGUGUCAAACUUUUAAACAGUAAGAAGAUAGUUUCUGCUAAAUUAUAAUAACUUUAAGUAUAAGCUCGAAUGCUGUGA